AUGUCAAAAGGUACAACCUGUCAAAAGGCUAUCGUCAACUGGGAAGCUGCUAAUCCUGGUAAAAAUCCUUCUGAAGCAGAAGAAAUCAAGCUAAUUUUCUAAAUUCCUCCUAUUGAAAAGAUGGACGGUCCCGUUUUAAACACUCUUACUAAAUGCAAAAAGCUAUCUUUAUCUUCAAACUCUAUCGAUAAAAUGAUCUCUUUGAAUAUGCUCCGAAAUUUAGAAAUUUUGUCUCUGUCUCGUAAUGUCAUCAAAAAGAUUAGUGGUUUAGAAGAUAUAGGAGGAACAUUAAGGCAGUUAUGGUUAAGUUAUAAUUUCAUUGAAAAGUUAGAUGGUUUAAAUAAUUGCAGUGUCCUCCAGACCUUAUAUAUUGGAAAUAAUAGAAUCAAAAAUUGGGAAGAAUUGGAUAAGCUAAAAGAUCUUCCUGAAUUAGAAAAUGUGCUUUUUUAUGGUAACCCAAUAUAUGAAUAAGUAAAAGAAGAUCCAAAGUUAAUCGUCUUGAAAAAGUUGCCUACCUUAAAAAAUGUUGAUGGCUACAUUAUUGAUGAUUCUGUUCUCGAAAAGGUUAAAUAAAUUGCAGAUAUCCCUAUUUCAGCUAAAUAACUUUGA